AUGCCGUCGAGAUCUGCUGUCUAUUCCUCAAUCGCAACCCAGGCUCCCAGGCCAUUCUUCGGACCACCUCGGCCGCGGCCACGAGUCGCCCUGCUUCAACUGCAGAAAGAGUCCUUCUUCGAUGAUCAAUAUGCAAGACUUCUGCAAGGCUUGAAGGCCAAGGCAGACGUCGAUACCAUCACCUCAAGGUCCGCAGCAAGCGCAUUGUUCAACAGCAAACAUCGGCCUGUCGUCCUUGCAACCGACCAGGCCUUAACUGAAUCCAAGAACUCCACGCUGUGCGGCGAAGCCAGUAAUUUCGUUCGAAGUGGUGGCACGCUCGUUUUCUGCUGUCAUUUCCCAAGUUACUCCCAGCAGUCAGAUGUCGACAGACUCUUCUCCAAGUUCGACCUAUCAUGGGAGUGCGGCGACUAUCAUCGCACGGAACACAACCUCAACGACUAUAUGGCUCGGGUUGACACCACUGGCUUGAUAUCGCACUACAGCCAGAAGGCCUUGCACCUGCAGAAUGUCAACAGAUCGGACGCCGUCUACCUUCCUUCCAACACGUCGCAUAUCGAAUCAUCAGUCUUUCCGCCUUCGCCGAUCGAGGAUCUCAGCCAAACACCAGCUGCAUUUACGGCAUGUGGACGCGGCAAAGUAGGGUAUCUUGGCGAUGUUAAUGCUGAAGACGCCACACACAACGUCGUCCUUGCUAUGUGUGGCCUGCGUUGA